AGGUUUGAGAUUCGCCAGCCCGGACGCUGAUUUAGUAGUACACGUAAGAUCAACCCUGGCGGCGGCGGCGAAUAAGACGCCAGCCCGGGCAGUGCAGAGAGAGGCCCGCGGAGCAGAGCUGCAUCCCGGGGUCCGGGUCCCAGGCGGCGUGGCCCACGGGUCAUGGCCAAAGGAGAGGGCGCCGAGAGCGGGUCCGCGGCUGGACUGCUGCCCACUGGUGUCCUCCCAGCUGGUGAACACCCGGCCCGAGUGAAGAAAGAACCAAAGAAGAAGCAACAGUUAUCCAUUUGCAACAAGCUUUGCUAUGCAGUUGGGGGGGCCCCCUACCAGGUGACAGGCAGUGCUCUGGGGUUCUUCCUGCAGAUCUACCUGUUGGAUGUGGCUCAGGUAAACCCUUUCUCUGCCUCCAUCAUCCUGUUUGUGGGCCGAGCUUGGGAUGCCUUCACAGACCCCCUGGUGGGCUUCUGCAUUAGCAAAUCCUCCUGGACCCGCUUGGGCCGCCUCAUGCCCUGGAUCAUUUUCUCCACACCCCUGGCCAUCAUUGCCUACUUCCUCAUCUGGUUCGUGCCUGACUUCCUACAGAAUCGGACCCUGUGGUACCUGCUUUUCUACUGCCUCUUUGAGACACUGGUCACGUGUUUCCACGUUCCCUACUCAGCUCUCACCAUGUUCAUCAGCACAGAGCAGAGUGAGCGGGAUUCGGCCACUGCAUAUCGGAUGACUGUGGAGGUACUGGGCACAGUGCUGGGCACAGCAAUCCAGGGGCAAAUCGUGGGCCAAGCAGAUAUGCCUUGUCUCCAGUCCAGUGGAUCUGAAGUGGCCAACCGCACACAGAGUACCCCCUCACUCAAAAAAACGCAAAGCGCGUACCUGUUGGCAGCAGGUGUCAUUGCCUCCAUCUAUGUCAUCUGUUCUGUCAUCCUGACCCUGGGUGUUCGGGAGCAGAGAGAACCCUAUGAGACCCAGCAGGCUGAGUCGAUGUCCUUCUUUCGGGGUCUCCGGCUGGUCAUGAGCCACGGUCCGUAUGUCAAGCUUAUUGCCGCCUUCCUCUUCACCUCCCUGGCUUUCAUGCUGGUGGAGGGAAACUUCGCCUUGUUUUGCACCUAUACUUUGGGUUUCCGCAACGAGUUCCAGAAUCUGCUCCUGGCCAUCAUGCUCUCAGCCACCUUGACCAUUCCCAUCUGGCAGUGGUUCCUAACCCGGUUUGGCAAGAAGACAGCUGUUUACUUCGGCAUCUCAUCGGCAGUGCCGUUUCUCAUCCUGAUGGCACUCAUAGAGAAAAACCUGAUCCUCACGUACGUGGUAGCCGUGGCCGCAGGCAUCAGUGUAGCAGCUGCCUUCUUACUUCCCUGGUCCAUGCUGCCUGAUGUCAUCGAUGACUUCCACUUGAAGAAGCCCCACUCCCUUGGGACAGAGCCUAUCUUCUUCUCCUUCUAUGUCUUCUUCACCAAGUUUGCGUCUGGUGUUUCACUGGGCAUCUCCACCCUCAGUCUCGAUUUUGCUGGGUACCAGACUCGUGGCUGCUCCCAACCGGAGCGUGUCAAGUUUACACUGAAGAUGCUGGUGACCAUGGCUCCCAUAGUCCUCAUCCUGCUGGGCCUGCUGCUCUUCAAACUGUAUCCCAUUGAUGAGGAGAAACGGCGGCAGAACAAGAAAGCCCUGCAGGCUCUAAGGGAAGAAGCCAGCAGCUCAGGCUGCUCCGACACAGACUCUACAGAGCUGGCCAGCAUCCUCUAGGUCUGCUGUGUUGCUCUAAGCCACCAAAUUCGGGGCCUAGGUCUCCAGGUCUCACAGAGGACCCUAGACCUGCUUGCCCGCUCACUGAACAGCUGGUCUCCAGGUGCCAGGAAGGGAGUCCAAGUGUGAGCGGCCCAGGACACCUCAUGUGCCCACUGUGAGGCAGGCCAUUCAUGCUGCCUGCCCUCUGGCCACUCCUGGGGCUGAGCCCUGGGGCUGCUACUGUGAAUAUGCCAAGGACUGAUGGGCCUAGCCCAGAACACUAAUACAGAAACGUUUUAUACAGAUACUAAUUAAUAACUUAAUGACCUUGUAUAUAGUGUUGUAUGUACAUAUAUGUAUGGCUGUAGCUAUUAAUGUUAUUAAUUUUGAUAAAAGCUGGUAAAGAGAACUGCCUGUUUGUCUUUGCCCUCACCUGCUCACUGAGUCCUCCUGUGCCAGGAUUUGGUAGUGAGAAGGAGCACUAAGUCUCAGCUGCCCUGGGCAAGGGGCAUGUGCCUGAAUUGUGGUAUCCUCAUUUAAGUCCUAAAGCUUUCUUGCUAAGCUGGGACUGUCCAUUUUCAAGAUGAUAAAAUAAGGUAGCCAGGCCACAGGGACAAUGGAGACAGGCUAAAUCAUAUAGCCAAGAGUGACUUUCCUGGAAUCUCAUCCCAGGUCUGUGGACUCUAGGGCCUUUGCCAUCACCCUGCCUUCCCCUGAGUCUGAGAACAACUGACCACCUGGCAGACAGACCUUGCUCCACCCAUUCCCACAUGCUGGACUUCCCACCCUGAUGUGAGAUGCCGGCUAUGCUGGAGCAGACUCUGAAGGGAGCCCUGUGGGGUUCCGGAGACGUGUAACUUUUUCCCACAGCUAUAACUGACAGUGCUGGAGAAUGUACCUGGUGGGGGGUGUGGGUGUUGGUGAGGAGUCUCACACAAGUUGCUGGUGAAAAACCACCCACCUCUGGCCCAGAAACAGGUCAUGGGGAAGACCUCGUUUGUAGCCUUUGCCCAUUUCAUUGGUAUAAAUACGCCCACAGUAGCCAAUUCCAAGUUACAGGGGUUGUACUACCUUGCAAAAUUCCUGAAAAUUGAACAGUAGGCUCUUGCAAACUGUUAGAAGUUUGUCCCAGCCCAUCAUUGGCUUUCCCACACUUAGGCCAAGUUCCAGACUUUCGAAGACAGAAACUGGCAGUGUCAAGGUUACGAAUUCAACCUCUUUCUUUCUUUCUUUUUUUAAAUAUUUAUUUGUGCAGAUAGACCUGGGG